AUGCCAUCUCUCCUGAGUGUUUGUUCUAGCCCGAUGGACUUAAAUCCAACGGAUGCCCCAGAGUGGCCACCCCAACUAGAAAAAACCCGUGAUGACGCUGUACUCGCAACAACCAUGCCUCAGACGAUCGACUAUAAAGGGUUCAAAAAUAAGCAUGCCCCAGCAAAUUACCCACCGGUUAUCUUCAACGAAUCAUGCAAUCUCGAUUUGGGUGACUCGGGAAUAGAGGGCAUUAACAUGUAUGAUGCGGUCGGCCAUUUCGACGGAUACUCACAAGGAGGAUUUUUGGAGAACGCUCUCAUGGCUAAGCGCUAUGAAGUGCUGUUCGGAUCGGUUUUCGGCGACUUUUUGAAACUCUACACUACAGAUUCCAAAAGUUAUGUCGGCUUGCUUGAUUCGCCAAAUUUGAGCAGACUUGCUUCUGAAUAUUCAAUUCAUUUAUCAGACGCUUUCUUGCAACCGAAGAAAGAGGCGAACAAAGAAUCUCCAGACAAAAAGACCAUUCCAAUACACGUUAAUAUCUACGGACUGCGUCAGACUAGCGACCUGGUUGCAAAGUCUUUAUCGGAGAACGGCCUCUUUCUCCAACAUCCAGUUCAAUAUGAUCUUUCAGUCCCCUACGAGAAUCCUCAGUAUCUAUUGCUUCCAGGGGUUGGAAUGCCAAACCUUGAAUUUCUGACCAUCCAGAAAAACUUCCGUCCAACACAGGGCAAUGCCCUUCUGGAAAAUGGCUACGCAGAUGAAGUAUAUCGUAUUUUCGAUAGCGCGCAUGGCCCUAUGAGAUUCACAGAAAUUGGCGGCAGUACGCGCUUAAGGACAUGUCUUCAAGAUCACCAAAAGAUGGCGCUUGCUAUGAUGAUUGAGAAAGAACGUGGCGAAAUUGAAAGGACCGAUUUCCCAUCGUUAUGGGAGAUUCAGCGGGAUGUUGAAGGCAAUGUCAGUUAUCGGCACGUUGUCACCGGAAGAUCGCAGGUAGAUUGCCCGCAACCUACACUUGGGGGGAUAUUGGCCGACGAGAUGGGCCUUGGUAAAACAUUGAGUGCAUUGGCCCUCAUUGCUUGGUAUCUUGACGCUGCAACUUUGUCGAAGAGUGCUUCUCGUACGACACUCGUUGUCACAACACUGUCCAGUAAUUUUUGA